UUGGGACGCCAGAUUCACGAUCAGAACAUUUAAACUUUUGCAGAGUUAAGUUGAAAAUCUAGAUAUAUCGUACGAUGCUCACCGUAGGCUUACAACGUUGUAAGUGAUAGCUAAAAUCAAGUUGCAAAUUUCGACUUCUGGCCGGUCCCUCCGGACUCCCUCGAAAAAUAAUUUGUACCUUCAAGAUUCCUAUGCUCCCAGUCUACCCUUCGCUUGGUUUGUUUGAUCUUUCAGCAAUUUUCUAUGUUCCUAUGUUGGAAUUACUGGCAGUAAUUAGCUGUAGAAAGAUCACAAACGUAUUGUAUAAUUAAGUAAAAAAAUAACCCGUUCCCCACAUCAGAAAGCCUGGGUGCUAGGCUGUUUCCAGGGCCCGCACAUACAGGUCAGUUCCUCGGCUCCAGGGCCAACAUGCCCCCAAGGAAAUCAUACCGCAGCCCCCUCAGUGACCCACAUGUGCACGCAUGCAUACACUGGCUAACUAUGAGCCCAGCAUGCUACUUAGUAACUUAGUUACAUUCUGUGUAUGUACACAUUGUGUAUGGGUCUGGCAUCCAGGCUACACCCUCUAGCACAUCACUAUUAAAUACAGCAGCGAGCUAAAGCAUCAAGUGAAGGUGAUGCCAGGUGCAGUGGUGUGUACAGAGGCUGAGCUCAAGGGAGACAUCACUAUAGGUUCCAGAACAGUGGUUCAUCCCAAAGCACGCAUCAUCGCUGAGGGAGGACCAAUCGUCAUCGGGGAGAGCAACCUGAUCGAAGAACAAGUUCUCAUUAUCAACAGAGCUGACAAGACCGCUCCCGAGCCAGUUACCAUGGAGAUAGGAGUCAACAAUGUGUUUGAAGUCGGAUGUCACUGUGAGUCACUCAGAAUAGGAGACAACAAUGUGGUGGAAGCAAAAGCUCGAGUAGGGAGACAGACAGAGCUGAGUAGUGGGUGUGUCAUCGGGUCCUUCUGUGAGGUCAACUCCAAGGAGGUCAUCCCGGACAACACCGUCGUGUAUGGGAAGAAAUGUGUGCGGCGAGUCCAGGGGGAGAGACCUCAGCCCCAGACCCUACAGCUGGACUUCCUGAUGAAGAUUCUCCCAAACUAUCACCAUCUCAGGAAGGCAAUGAAGCCACAAUCAAAGUAACCAGAAGCUGUAAAGAAGCUUAGACUUUAUUACUGUAGUACUGGUAGUUAUUUUAAGUGUACCC